CUUGAGCUACAAAAAUGAGUAAAAGUUUUGAUCAUAUUGAACAAGAUCGAAUUGGGAUUUGGAUUUCCUAUGGCUAGAGAAAUGAAUUCUGCAAUUAAGCAUUCAAGCAUUAUGAGCCUUCCAAUCCAAUGAAUAUCUGAUAAUUCACAUUUUGAGUUAUUAUUAUUAUUAUUAUUACAAGUUACUCAUAAGAUUAUGGCUAAAACACUUAAUUGUGUGAAUGUGAGAUUUUCUCAAUCAUUGGAAAUCCAAAUCCAUGGAAUUGGUAUAUCAAACACAUAGAUGUUAUUGAGUUUAAAUCUUCAAAAUUUAUAUAAGAAUUAUCUUAGAAUUCUUGGAUACAUAAAACUUGGAUUGCUUGGCCAACAUGGCCCGUGAUCUCCAGCUUGUCAUUCAUCUUUUGGAGUAUCUCCUGCUAGAUGUAGAAAUAUAUUUUUCUUUGAUUUUGCGAGAGCUUCUUUCCUCAAAUCAGUUAUAGCUCAAUAAAUGUUUUUUUAGCCUCCCCCACCCCCCCACAAAAAAAAGGUUAGAUAUAAAAUAUAAAAUAGUUUUAAUAAUAUUUGAAAUAUCAAUAUUCUAAUAUUUUGAUUUUUAUUAAACUUGUAAAAAAACAUUAGAAUUUUUGUUCUUUGUUAAAAAUGAAAAUAAUUUUCAAGGAAAUAAAAAGAACUUAUAUAUUUUCUUUAGUCUUUAUUUCUAUUUUCCUUUUAUGAAAUUUCAAAAGAUAGUUGAACAACUUUCACCAUGAACACUAUGUUAAAUAUAUAAUGUUUACAAUUUAUAAUGGUAAUAUAUACCCCCUAAGUAGCCUUGAUUCAAGAUGAAGUAUGACGUGAUGGUUGCUCACCUCAUCCAUUAAUCAUGAGAUCGAACAUUAUGGGUCCGGAUCCUCUUCAGUGAAUUUUUCUCAAUUUUUCUCCAGUGGACAUUUGUGGCGGCUGGAAACAUUUUGUGGCGGUCCAAAACCGCCACAAAUGUCCACUGGAGAAAACUUGAGAGGAUUUCACUGGAGAUACCCUAGUCUAAAAAAAAGUAGUAUUGACUCUAGUGAAGGAUAACUUGUAAGGCGGCUCCCUCUUCAAUGGAUCAUAUUAGUAUAAAAUGGAUUGGAGCAGCUCAAGUGCUAGCAUUUCAGGUGUUUCAUGGUUUGAUUAUAGUACAGUAGUAGCAAUGAACAUAAACUAGUGAUGAUCAACCAUUAAACAUUAGCAUAGCAGCAAGUGUAGCUUUCUUACAAUAACAUAACCAUGUCUUGGGUACCAUAUAUAAGAUGAGUCUCUAUUUGCAUCCAAAUCUUUGAAUUGUGCUACAACAAAAUUGUCACCUGAGGCAAAUGAACUUGUCCUCAAAGCUAUCCUCAUUGUUGCACAUUCACACACCCAUGUUACAUGUCUCCAGAAACCAUUUUUGUUCCUUCACAUUCACAAGCUUCUUUUCAACCACCCCAGAAAAUCCAUUACCACACGUUCUCACAAAAUGCAUUUCUCUCUUGCAAUACUGCGCCUCUUCCAAACACAAACUGAAGCAAAUCCAUGCAUUUUCCAUAAGGCAUGGUGUCCCCCUCCACAACCCUGACAUGGGCAAGCACCUUAUCUUCACAAUCGUCUCCCUCUCUGCACCCAUGUCCUAUGCUCACCUUGUUUUCACCAUGAUACGUAACCCCAAUGUGUUCACCUGGAACACCAUGAUCAGAGGCUAUGCUGAAAGCCAAGACCCGAAACCUGCACUUCAUUUCUACCGCCAAAUGACAAUGUCUUGUGUUGAACCUGACACUCACACUUACCCUUUUCUUCUCAAGGCUGUUUCCAAGUCAUUGAAUGUUAGAGAAGGUGAAGCGUUGCAUUCUGUGACGAUCAAAAAUGGGUUUGAGUCUUUGGUGUUUGUUCGUAACAGUUUGCUUCAUAUCUAUGCUGCUUGUGGUGACACUGAAAGUGCACACAAGGUGUUUGAGUCAAUGACCGACCGAGAUCUCGUGGCUUGGAAUUCGGUUAUUAAUGGGUUUGCUCUCAAUGGCAGGCCUAAUGAAGCUUUGACCCUUUUCAGGGAAAUGAGUGCCAACGGUGUGGAGCCGGAUGGGUUCACUGUGGUUAGCUUGUUAUCUGCGUGUGCUGAGCUUGGAGCUUUGGAAUUAGGACGACGGGUCCAUGUGUAUUUGCUGAAGGCUGGCUUGAGAGAGAAUUUGCAUGUUGUUAAUGCACUGUUGGACCUUUAUGCGAAAUGUGGGAGCAUCAGGGAGGCUCAGCAAGUAUUUGGCGAGAUGGAAGAGAGGAACGUGGUUUCUUGGACUACUUUGAUUGUUGGCUUGGCUGUUAAUGGGUUUGGUGAGGAAGCACUUGAGCUUUUCAAAGAGAUGGAAGAACAGAAGCUAGCGCCUGGUGAGAUCACUUUUGUUGGUGUCUUGUAUGCUUGCAGCCACUGUGGGAUGUUGGAUGAAGGUUUCGAUUACUUUAGAAGGAUGAAAGAGGAAUACGGUAUCGCGCCGAGGAUAGAACAUUAUGGUUGUAUGGUGGAUCUUUUGAGUAGGGCAGGUUUAGUGAAACAAGCAUAUGAAUAUAUACAGAACAUGCCAGUGCAGCCAAAUGCAGUUAUUUGGAGGACCUUAUUAGGGGCAUGUACAAUACAUGGACAUUUGAGUCUGGGAGAGAUAGCAAGAUCUCACCUACUGAAGCUAGAACCUAAACAUAGUGGGGAUUAUGUUCUUCUCUCUAAUCUUUAUGCCUCGGAGCGGCGUUGGACAGAUGUACAAACAAUUAGGAAGUCGAUGCUGCAGGAUGGCGUUAAGAAAACCCCUGGCUAUAGUCUUGUUGAGUUGGGCAACCGUGUUUAUGAAUUUACCAUGGGUGAUAGAUCUCAUCCUCAAAGUCAGGAUGUAUAUGCACUGCUAGAGAAGAUUACAGAAUUGUUGAAGUUAGAAGGCUAUGUGCCUCGUACAGAAAAUGUGCUUGCGGACAUAGAGGAAGAGGAGAAAGAACAAGCUUUGUCUUAUCACAGUGAAAAAGUUGCAAUAGCUUUCAUGCUCUUAAAUACAGCACCAGGGACCCCAAUCAGAGUCAUGAAGAAUUUAAGAGUUUGUGCAGAUUGUCAUAUGGCUAUCAAACUCAUAUCAAAAGUUUAUGAUAGAGAGAUUGUUAUCAGGGAUCGAAGUCGGUUUCACCAUUUUAGAGGUGGUAAAUGUUCCUGUAAAGAUUACUGGUAACAUGUAUAAGGAUUUGAUAAUGGCAUCUUGAGAGAGUAAAGGGCUGAAAACAGCUGUCUUCUUUACAGUUUAUUUAUUUUUAAUAGAAACAUAAUAUGUUAGCUGAAAAUUUUAACAAUUAAGCAAAUAAUUUUAAAGAGGGGGAAUUUUUUUGAUUAAGUUUAUGUUUUGACUUGAGGAGACAUGGAACUUUUAAACAGAGGCAAUGAAACACAUGACCGAAGGCCUUACAUACUUGCUGUUAUUCUGUGGAAUGCAGGACUCCUGUGGACAGAGCUAGGAUUCAUCUCAUUUGAUAUACUUGUACAGUAUAUCUCUCAAGUUUCUCUGCUUUAUUCUUCUUAAAUUUUCUAUUAUUUUGCUUGUCAGGUUGAGCUGUGCUUGAAAUAAAAGCACCAUAAUUUUGUCAAAGUAAAUAUGUA